AGAAAAGAUUCAAGAACAGAUAGAGUGGCAUUGAGCAUAGACUAUACUACCAAAUUACCAAUGGAAGCAGCGUUCGCAGCCAUGGCUGCUCACACCAUUCUUUCAUUCCAACCAACUCCAUUUUCUUCCUUCCCCAUCAUUUUCAACCUCCCUCCCCAAUCCGUAACCGUCGCCGCCACUCCCUCUAAACCCUUCACCCUCGUCGCCGGCGCCGCUACCAAGAAAGCCGUCGCAGUCCUCAAGGGAAAUUCCGCCGUGGAAGGCGUUGUCAAGAUAACCCAACAAGACAAUGGCCCAACAACUGUUAAUGUUCGUGUUUCUGGUCUUACUCCAGGGCCUCAUGGUUUUCACCUACAUGAGUAUGGUGACACCACAAAUGGGUGUGUAUCAACUGGAGCACAUUUUAAUCCUAAUAAACUGAAACAUGGUGCUCCAAAGGAUGAAAUGCGCCAUGCGGGUGACCUGGGAAACAUAGUUGCUAAUGCCGAUGGGGUUGCAGAAGCAACAAUUGUGGACAAUCAGAUACCACUCAAUGGCCCCAAUUCAGUAGUUGGAAGAGCCUUAGUGGUUCAUGAGCUUGAGGAUGACCUUGGAAAGGGUGGGCAAGAACUUAGUUUGAGCACUGGAAAUGCUGGUGGAAGAUUGGCAUGUGGUGUGGUUGGUUUGACUCCAGCGUAAAUGCAACUCAUGCAACUUGUUUUAUCUGUUGUUUGCUUUCUAAUAUUACCCGUGUAAGCUAUGAUUCAACAUGAUAUUAUAUUGCGUGUAUAGACUAUAUGCCUCUAGCAUUUUGCUUGUAUGAGAACAUAGCUAUAAUGAUGCAAAAGAGGCUUUAAACCAUGCACGGAUGUGCCUAAACUCUAGGAGAGCCCCUAACAGAUUGUUACUUAUUCGCUUUUCACUGCUCACUUGUGUGUAAAUUUUCUUUUGACCAGUUGGAGUACA